UCCUCUUUAUUUAGUCCAAGUUUCUAUGCCCUAAUUACCCUCCUUCCUCUCGCCCAAAAACCUCGCCGGCGCGGGUCGCCUCCCACUUCCUCCCCUUACUCGGUCUUCUUGAUCGAAAGCACCGAUUUUGCUAUCACCUAUCGGCUCCUCUCUUACUCCGCUGAUUUUCCAAUCUGGUUCCCUUCAGCCACGAUUUGAGGUCAGAAAAGGAGUGACUUUUACCAUGCUGAGACCCCGCGCCACCCGCUUCGCCAUCUGGUGCACCCGCAGGUCCCUCGGAUCGAAGCCCCUCGACGAACCACCAAACGCCGCCGCUUCUUUGAGUGGUACGUCGGGCCGUUCGGUUUGCAGCUUGUCUCUAGGUUUCUUGGUUGGAAACUCUGAAGUGGGUGCUGCGCGCCGUACGGUAAAGUUGAAUGUGUUUCCUAAUGCGGCACAUACUAUGAACUUUGUUCCAAGCAGAUUAUUUCAUGGCACACGGCCAGUGUUAGCAAGGGACUACUAUGAUGUACUUGGUGUUAGCAAGAAUGCAAGUGCCUCUGAUAUCAAGAAAGCUUAUUACGCACUUGCAAAGAAGCUCCAUCCUGAUACAAACAAAGAUGAUAGUGAUGCAGAAAGAAAGUUCCAAGAAGUUCAACGUGCUUAUGAGGUGUUGAAGGAUGAGGAUAAGCGAAGGAUAUACGACCAGGUUGGUCCUGAUUCAUUUGAACAAGCUGCUGCAGGAGGUGAUCCUGGUUCUGGUGGGCCUUUUGGUGGCGCUGGCUUUGGAAAUCCAUUUGAAGACAUUUUUGGCAACUCUGGUGGAUUCAAUGAUUUUUUCAGAAACAUGUUCAGAGGUGGAAAUGCUGGAGGACAAGAUGUUAAGAUUCCACUAGAAAUUUCAUUUAUGGAAGCAGUCCAAGGGUGCACCAAGACGGUGUCAUUUCAAACUGUUCUCGCUUGUGAAACAUGUGGUGGUAGGGGUUAUCCUCCUGGAACCAAGCCUGAAGCAUGUAGGACCUGCAAAGGUUCUGGAAUGAUCUUCAUGCAAAAUGGUCCUGUCAGAUUUCAGAUAUCAUGCUCACAAUGUGGUGGAUCAGGGCGAACCAUGAGGAAUGUAUGCAGCUCAUGCAAAGGACAGAAAGUGGUGAAAGGUGUGAAAUCAAUCAAUCUGGAUAUAGUGCCUGGAGUGGAUAAUGAUGACACAAUACAAAUUCGUGGAAGUGGGGGAGCAGAUCCUGAAGGAAAUCAAUCUGGUGAUCUUUUUAUUAACAUAAAGGUCCGGAAUGAUCCUGUCUUUCGGAGAGAGAAAUCAGAUGUUCAUGUUGAUGCUGUCUUAGGUGUCACUCAGGCGAUUUUAGGGGGAACUAUUGAAGUGCCAACUCUUACUGGAGAUGUACAUCUUAAGGUUAAACCUGGAACUCAACCUGGUCAGAAGGUUGUCUUAAGAGGAAAAGGAAUAAAGACAAGAAAUAGUUCGCAAUAUGGCGAUCAGUAUGUCCAUUUUAAUGUGUCGAUACCAGUUAAUUUAACGCAUAGGCAAAGAAUGUUAAUCGAGGAAUUUGCAAAAGAGGAGCAGCAAGGAGAAGAAAAGAGGGAUACUGUUGCUGGAGCAUCGCAAUGAAUCAUGCCACAGCUUUGUAAACAUACUUAGAUAGGUCAUAUUUUUAUUACAAUGAUCAUAGUUCUCCACCUUAUUUUGUUUAAUGCUUAUUUUGAGUUGUUGGCCGCAACUGCCAUAGGAGAUUUAUAGAUUACUAAAUAAUGAACUAACAUGCCAAUCA